AUGGAACUCCAGGACCAUACGAUGAGCGAUUGGAGCCAAUACUAUUUACCACCUACAAGUGUGAACCACCACUUUCUCUUUAGUGAUUUGAAAAGCAGCUGUAUGUGGCCGCAGGGUAAAUCAGAUGCAUACUGCAACAUCUGGGCCGAUAUUGAACCGGCAAGAGUGAAAAGCUGUAGCAGUGGGUCUUUUGUUAUGGAUGCUAGAAUAAGACUGGACAGUUUGAAAUCUGGGUGCAAUCCACCCUUGCCUUACUGUGCCACCAGCAGGAUGUUGCACAAUUAUAGCUGUGAAAAACACUCUUGGGACAGUGAAGAGUUGCAGGAAGAAGAGACUGCUUUGGACCUGGUGGAAAUCCUUGACAUAGCGGAUGAAGAGCAGGAUGAGGAGAGCUGGCUGUACGAGUCUCCAAGGAAGCAUUCGUCUGUGGAGAAAAAGGAAUCUGCUUUUAAAUGGUGUCGACAUGUUCUUGAUAAUCCCAGCCCUGAGAUGGAAGCUGCAUGCCGUGCACUGAUAAAAAUGCUGGAUCAAGGCAAGCAAGCGCUACAGACUCACUCACCCACUCAUUAUCUUACAAAUAUCCUUGAUAUAAAAGAGGAUUCCUUUAAUGGCAUUCACUUUUUGUAUUGUCAGGAUCAAGACGUGAGCUCCACAAACGUCCUGCAGUUUCCUAUCAUGCUGCCAGUGUCCCUGUGGGCUCCUCUGUGA